AGAUUGUUGUUCUUGAAGCCUUGAUAUUCAGGCCAUUGUCUUCGCUUUCUGCACUCUCACAACACAACCAUCGACAUGGUGACCGUAACCAAUCAACAGGGAAAACACCAGAAGCAUAUCCAGGCUUUUUAUGAGUGAGGUAUAAAUGCUAAUUACAAUUUAUCCCUUUCUAGGAAUAUUUCAUGUUGUGUUGUCAGGUUGAUUAAACAAGCGGAGAUGGAGGCAAUGGGAGAAUUCAGUUGUCAGGAGUGUAGUAUGGCAUUCUGGUCCUUUGGACUUUUAGAGAAACAUAAAGAGUUCUUCUGUGUUGGGAGCAGCAUUGGGGACCCUGUGGUGCUGAGACAAGGGCAUCCAUACCACAGGAGAGACUAUCCCAAGGCCUUACAUACCCCUGAUCUUAUAACGCUGAGAGAGCAGAGGGGAAUGCACCUUGGGACCAUUCAGGGACCGAUCAAUGACAGAGAACAGAAAGCUGGAAAAGAACCUGACCUACACAGCUUUGUGUCAGACAGCGUAACCUUGAGGAACCUCACUGAUGAGUUUCACAAGCUGAGAGUGUCGAUUGAAAAGAGUAACCAACCUAAACGGUCCACUGAGAAAGAAGACCUGGAUCAAGGGUUGGAGAGGCAACGGAGCCACAAGGAGCGCCUGAGUGAGCUGGCAAAGCGGCACAACAGUCAGCUGGCAGAGAUACAGGACCGCAACCAGCUCCUGGAGCAACAGAGAGAACAGAUAGCAAGGCAUCUUGGGGCCGUGACAGAGCAGGGCACCGCAGUCAACCUGGAGUCCCUGCUGCUGGAGCUGAGGGAAAAGGAGGACAAAAAUGAAGAGGCUCUACAGCAGCUCAGAGAUCACAUCACUAACCUGCAGCCUGUGGUCAAAGUGAUCAGGUCUGACUCACCCAAGCCUGAAGACAGGAACGGACAUCAUUUCAGUUCUGACCUAAUAUCUUCUGUGGAUGAACCCCUCUCCACCCAAAUAAGAAUUCUGGUGCAGGCCUAUAUGCAGUCUGGUGGUUCUGAUCCGACUGUCCUGGCCCAGAUGCAUGAUCUGCUAGCAGAAGCCCUCACUCUGGAGCAACAGACUGAACCUAUGGCUGACAGCAAGGGCAGUAGGAAAAGGAUUAAGCCUCCUCACUGGGCUGUGAAGUCAGAAAUUCUGGCUGUGGAACAGGAGAACCAUAGACUGGAGGAAGAGAUCUUUAGGAUCCAGCUGGCCAGAGGGAAGCACUGCAGGGAAGAUAUAGCAGUGGUGUCUGAGCUACGUCAGAUACAAAGAGAACACAUCCACCACAUGGCCAGCAUUCAAGCUGAGAUCGAGAGCCUCCGCUGGAAAAUAGAGAGAGCCACAGGGGGCCCCAGGGAUCUUAGGGUGACCCCACCACCCCCACUGUUCCCUGCCAUGUCAAACAUGAGUCCCCUUGCACAGAUCCAACCCGGGCUACAUUCCUCUCUCAGGGGAAGGCAUGUGCUUGACCCACUGGAUUCUCUGGGACCUGUGUCCUACGAUCCUGCGGCUGGUUUUGUGGUGUUUUUUGACCUGGUGCUUGGUGUAGAUGCCGUACUGAGGGUUCUGCGUCUCGUGGCUUGUCUCUACUCCGGAGGCCAAGCGCUGGGGCUGUGUAGCCCAUUGCCCCCUACACAGUGCCAGCCUGGAGGAAAUGUACCCAAAGGAUGCAGUGUACCCCCUGGAAAUUAUGCCCUCCUGGCUGUCAAACAGCCUAUGCCCAGGUUGCAGCCAUCUCCUUCCCUGUCUCUGGUGCUGGAGCUCCAAGCUGCAGAGUACAGCCAGUCGGUCCAGAACUUGGUGUCUUGGGGGUGGGCACACCUGGAGCUUUUUGACCAGCACAACCAGGUCCAGAGUGGGUACUGGAGGGUUCCAGUACGUGCACUCCCCAUUCGACCAUCCCUCAGUCCAGACCAGCUCAACUCAGUCCAGCAGGUGGGAAACAUGGAGGUGUGUCUACGAGUGGUCAAGGCUGAGGAUGAGAACAGGCAGUCCCUCACAAAGAUUGACCCCACCAACAUCAGCCAGUACAAAUACCUCUCACUGGCAAGUAAUCCCCCUGCAAGCUGUCAAGAUAAUGCAUCAAUUUCCACAUCGAUACAUCCCUCAACAGCCAAUCCUUUUCCCUCUUCUUCCCUACACUGAUCCAAGACCUUCCCUCUAAUCUAAAGAUUACUAGUAGUCAUUGUAAAGACUGGAGAAUGUGUGACUUCAUCUGACCUUGUCUGUUGAUCUUUAAGUACUCUGGAUUGCUUGCCAAUAACAUUGAAAUGGACAAUAAACCCAAUUUUAUUCAGCAUUUUAAAUAAGAAUUACCAACUGAAGUACAGGGAAUUUCACUCAUCCCAUUUUGACAAUACCCACUUAACAUCCCUGACCUGUUAGUGCACUUCGGUUCCAUUGAGACCCAUCUGUUUUUGGAAGGCUGAGGAAGAAUUGGGAUGUGUUGGAUGGGCACUUCAGUAGGGACUGUAGUACUGUUGACUGUCGCUACAUUCUGCUAUUAAGACUGGUCAUCCAAACAGAACAAUCCAAUUACAUGCACCACCUCAAAAUUGCCACACCCCUCAAGUUUGAUCUCACCCAGUCUGAUGUAUGAAUCCCAACAAGGUUCAGGUGUGCAGCAAGUUUGAGGGGGAUGAACAGCUGUAAUACAUUAAGAUCUGCUGUUACCCAUUGUCUUCCAAACCUAAGAUUUGUUUUGAA